CUCGGCGCCAGUAGAAAAUUGCGCAGAACGCGAACGAUGCAAUCGACGUCGUUGACGCCGAUGGCGGCGUUAACUCGUCUUGCCGCAGUCUUAGGCGAAAGCCCCUCUGUGACAGUCACCUCAUUACAGCGCCCGCGCUUGGCCACUCACUCACCAACUCCAACCGCCAACCAAACACCUCGCCAUCGUCCUCCCGUCUCGCCCGCCGCCACCCAUGGGGGGAUUAUUAUAGCAGCACGUCCAUCGAAAUGGCCGAAUAUGGUAUAGGUGCAGCGGACGGUGAGUUUGCGGAUCCCGCCGCCGCCGCCGCCGCCGCCAAAGUUCCCCCCUCGGUCUGACACGCCUGCAGAAAUCGCGAGGCUCUCGCUGGGGCAGCAGGAUGCUGCUGAACCGGAGCCGGCCCCGCCGCCCAACAUCACGAGCCCCGGCAUAGUCGCCGUCGACAUAACGCACAAGUUUGCGCAGGCUGCCAAAACACUGGCGCCCGGAGAGCUAGUCAAAGAUGGCUUCUUUACGCUUUUCGAGUCGGUCUCUGCCCUCGAGAUUAUGGAUCCAAAGAUGGACAGUGGUUGUGUCAAGCCUGGGGAUGAGUUCGAGGAGCUGUUCGACGUAUCACGUGCCCUGGACGCUCAGGAGGUUCUCGGUGUCAUGGACCAGCUGCUUUGCCAUGAGGUUGGCUCUCUCACUCUCUCACUACCUCUUGAAGCUUACAUGAUCGCUCGUCUCACACUUGGUUCAGAUGUCCUGGCACUUGGGGUACCCUCUGGCGCAGACAAUCCUCACCAGCGUUUACGUCGAGGCUCUUCUGAUGCCCGUACCCUCAUCGAUAGAGCAGGCUUACUUUGUCCGACGUGGAAAUCUUGAUGCCAACCGACACCCGAUGCUCUUGGUUCUACGGGCGUAUUGUCUGGGCAUGCUCAAAGUCUGCAGCUACGUCAACGAGCGCAUCAAGUCGGAGCACUUUUACGAGGAAGAAGAUUUUGUCACAAACACGUACCAUCGCACGUUGCUCACAAACAUACCCACCAGUGACGUUCUGUUGACGCUCGCUGAAGCAAAGGCUGUUGUUGCCUCACAGCGUGGCUUAAUUGAUGAGGAGCUGGUUGACGCUCUCACGAGCCGCUUGGAGCUGCGGUGGCUAUUUCUGGAGGCAGUAGAAUGCCCUCAGUAUGUCAAAGAUGCAAAUAAGGCCCGACGUCUCUGGGAAGAGGCACAAGCUGUAUUACCAAGCAUAAACGCGACACACGCCCUGUCCAAGCCGGUGGACGAGGCCUUCAGCGCAAAGCUUCAGCGCAAGCUCGCGAGCACGAUGCCUCCACGACCGAUAGUCGAGUUGGGAUUCGACGCCGCCUUUGACCACUUGAGUCGUCUCUUCGCAGAUGGCUUGGAAGUCAUCAGUGUCCUCGACUACGUCGACUCGCAAUGCCUUUUGACGUUCGUUCUUACCUUUCAAGCCAAAAAGCCCCAGCCUUUGGUCUAUGUGAGAACACUAUUGCAGACCUUUCUCUUCAACGCCAUGGAGAUUCUGGGGUCCAUGAGCAUUCGCCAACUUCUUGACGACGACUUUUCAAUCAUUUCCAUGCCCGCAAGCCCGCUCCUGGACCGCGGCAAUGACGAGAUCGAGGUCGUGCAGGAUCCGCGUUUCGCCAUGUCGCAGCAAAUGGAGUUCUUCAGACAACGAGCAGCGCAGCCGUUCCUAGACAUACUCAGGACCGCUUGCCAGAAUAGGAGCCGGGUGCGGCGAACGCUCUGCCACACGAUCCGAGAAUGGGAGAGUCUCCAGGUCGAGGCCGAGGAGAUUGAUCAAGUAUUGCAGGUCAAGACAAAGGAGACGCCCCUGGUACAUCGACCGUCCAUGAGCGCCCCACCGGUCGAGUCGUAUGCGCUCCCGUUGUCGUCCUGGACCUACCUUUACAAGCUGCGGCAAAUGGAAUGGAUCGUGCAGCUGGGGUUCGAGCUCGAGGUUUAUCAGCCGGAUGAGCUGGGCGGGAUGUACUGGUACCUCAACUACCUUUCCAAAUCCCGCCUACAGCAUUCGGAGCGCAUCAAGGGGUUCAUCGUUCACAAGACUGAGGAGGCCCGAUCCCAGCCGGCCCCCAUGGCUGACGCCAACGCCGACGAACAGCUGCAGAGAUCCCUUGCUUACACGCGGCUGUCUCUGCUCGACGCCGCCGUGACCUGGGAGCUUGCCGACGCGCUGUGCUGCGUGUACGCCGUCUUGGGCCGCCUCGGCUUGGUCAAGCCGCCUCCCAGGCCAUACAGCAACGACGAGCUGCGGUACGACUUGCGCAUGAAGCCCUUUGUGGCCGUCGGAUUCCCGGCACUGCCCAACUUUCACCAGUUCACCGCGGGCGUGGCGCAGUCGGAGUCUACGUUGCAGGAGCUGCUGGAGUACGCAGAGAGAGCUGUGGCGGGUGCUAAGCGCGGGUUCGAGGCGCUGAGCAAAUUAUCAGCCAAGGAGUCUUUCUCCGUCGGCUCCCACGACCGAUGGGCUGCAUCGGUCAAAGGUGCCCUACGAUCGACUAUCGCCACGGGUAUCGCGGUCUCUAGCGUGCAAAAGGCGCUGUCGAAGCAGGCUGCCGAGGGUAGCCAUCUGGGGAUCAAGGCCGAGGUACCGACUCCAGACAAGGCGUAUCACGAGUGGUGGAUCGUGCCAAAGAUUGUCCCAGUGGCGCCGUGAGACACGAGCGCCGUGGAGGCUUAUUGCAUAAAUAGGUAUAAUCAAGUCCACAUUGGUCUAAG